AUGGAUAACUUCGACCUAGACGAUCUGCUGGACCUAACGGACUCGGAGUCAUCUUCCUCAUCGAACCCCGGUAUAUUCGAAACUAACCAACCAUUCGUACUCGAGCUUCACGAAUUAAAAAAAGACGAGCCCGCAAUGGACCAAGUUCCACCAGAUACAAAGACAAAGAAGAAAAAGAAGAAGAGAAAUCUACCGGUCAAUGAAAAUAAAACUGCUACAUCCUCCACAAGUAGUGUAUCAGAAUCAGUUCCAUCAGCAGCUGAUGUUGCGAUGAAAGAAGAAUUCUAUGACGCGAACGAAAGUUAUCACUUGCUAUCAGCCGAGGUGAGUCAAGUUAAUCCUGCUGCGAGUGCUGCUCUAGCGCAGGCACACUCAGAACACGGACAGGACAAGACAGAUGACAGCGAGAGACGAUUAUCAGCUAAUAAACAAUCAUCCAUUAUCAAUAAACCCGUCGUACCUCCAAAAUGA